GUGCGGCGGAGCGGAGCGGAGCGGAGCGGAGCGGCGAUGAGCACGGACGGUAACGGGGGCGGCCAUGGGCACGGACGACUUGAUCGAGACGUUCAGGGCGCAGCUGAGGGACGACCCCGAUGUCGCCUCGGCCGUGGCCGCCAUCCGCGCGCUGCUGGGCUUCCUCAAGCAGGACCGAGGGGAGACCAUCCAGGGCCUGCGGAACAGCUUGCGGGGCGCCAUCGACACCCUGUCCCGGGUGGACUCCUCGGUGGCCGUGUCCUCCGGCGGGGAGCUCUUCCUGCGCUUCAUCAGCCUCACCUCCCUGGAGUACUCGGACUACUCCAAGUGCAAAGAAAUCAUGAUCGAGCGUGGGGAGAUCUUCCUGACAAAAGUCUCUCUCUCGAGGAAUAAAAUCGCCAAGCUGUGUCACCCUUUCAUCAGAGAUGGUGCUCGAAUACUGACACACGCCUAUUCCAGGGUGGUCCUCAGGGUGUUGGAAGCAGCUGUGGAGUCCAAGAAGCGAUUCAGUGUUUAUGUUACUGAAUCACAGCCAGAUCAAGCAGGGCAAACAAUGGCAGAAGCCCUGAGGAAGCUGAACAUUCCCGUGACUGUGAUUCUGGAUGCUGCAGUUGGCUACAUUAUGGAGAAAGUGGACCUGGUGUUAGUUGGUGCUGAAGGUGUAGUUGAAAGUGGAGGCAUUAUCAACAAGAUUGGCACCAAUCAAAUUGCUGUGUGUGCCAAAGCCCAGAAUAAGCCAUUUUAUGUGGUAGCAGAAAGCUUCAAGUUUGUAAGACUUUUCCCUCUAAAUCAACAGGACGUCCCUGACAGGUUUAAGUACAAAGCAGACACUCUGGAAACGGGUCAGAAUCUAACAGAGGAGCACCCCUGGAUUGAUUACACCUCCCCAUCACUGAUUACACUGCUGUUCACAGACCUCGGUGUGUUGACUCCAUCAGCUGUCAGUGAUGAACUCAUUAAACUCUACCUGUAACUCAGAGACUGCCUGCACAAGGAUGUGUCAUCUUCAGUCACUAUCAGGGUUCUAAGAACUUGCAAGAUGAUACAUGAACAUGGCAAGGAAACGACAUUAUAAGGAUUAACAUAAUUAUGGACCACUAUUGAAAAAUUUCCCAAAGUUAUUACAGCUUCUAAAGGCCACAACUAAAUUAUUUUAAAGAGGGGUGGAGUAUUUUGAUACUGUAAAAUACAAUACCUUAUGGUGUAUCCAGACUGAUUUUGAGACGUGCUGUUACUGAGCUGUACCUGGUAUGUACUUGAAAAAACCAAAAUUAAAACAUGCACAAGGCUGCUGAUGGAAACCUGCAGCUCCUGCCACA